AAAAAUCGCGCCUAGGUGUAUUUUACGUCGGAUACAUGAACUGGGCUGCUUUUGUAAGACAACUAAAAUAUCACCGUGUAUACCAGAAACAUAAAAGAGCUUUAACCAUAGUUUAACUUUCAACCUAACCUUACUUAACUUUCAACCUUCAUAACUCUUGUCAGCGACUGCUGAGCAAAAUAAAUCUUUUUUUUCUUGUCUCUGACGAUGUUUACUAUUAAGGCGCGUUUCCAUUAUGCAAGUGAUUUGCAUACUAUUUGCAAGUUGCAUGCAAAUUGUAUAGUGGAAACAACAACUUGCAAACAAGUUGCAACUUGUAUGCAAUUAGGUUUAAACUUGUACGCACAAUAAUCAAGUCGGCACAUUUGCACGCAAGUUGCAAGCGCAUGCGGUCGUGCAUAGAGGAUUACUUUGUUUAUGACUUUAUUACUUUGUAAAAAUGACUGCUAAAUGGGAUACGGAGAAAACAAUAAUGUUUAUUGAGGAAUAUCGACAUGAUUGUCUUUGGGAACCAAAAAACAAUCUUUACAAAAAUCGAGACGCACGCGAAUCAGCAUAUAGAAAACUAAUCGAAUUGAUGCACCUUAAUGGUAUUGUUAUGACCGCAAAAGACGUGAAAAAUAAAAUACGAUCACUGCGUACCACAUUUUUUGCUGAAUUAGCAAAAAUUGAAAAAUCCAAAACAACCGGUAGUGGAACAAGUAACAUAUACACACCAAAAUUAAGCUGGUUUAACACAAUGAAUUUUUUGCUGACGUCAACCGAAUUAAGAAGGAAUGAAGAAAGCACCACUGUAAGUAUCAAUUCUUUUGUAGAAUCAGAAAAUACUUCAACAGAUAGCAGAGAAAAUACGCCAGCCAGAGCCAGUGGUUCUCGAAGCUCAUCUCAAACAGAGAGUCAAUCCUCAUCCAAUUUUCGACAAUCGAUUCGAAAUGCAAGAUAUGAUCCCAUAGAUACCGCACUUCAAGAAUUGAGAAAAAUAAAUAAGAGCGUAGAAUCGGAAAAUGAAUUUGAUGUUUUUGGUCAAAACGUUAGUCUUCAACUUCAAAAACUGCCGUUAGAGUACGCUCUAGAAACUCAAGAACUUAUUAUGAAAGUUUUAAAUGAGCAGCGAAUAAGCGGAAUUUAGAAAUACUACACUUAGGCACACGAUACAAUUCUUCCAAUGUUCCAAGACUAGUAGUACCCGAUGCCAGAUAUUUAAGCGUUACUUGCAAUUUCAAUUUUGCAGGCAGAGCGGGUCUAAAAAUAGUGUCUUGCUUAGAUAUUCUGGACGAAAUCUUAUCCAAUAAAUUUAAAAAUAGUUCUUCGUUCAUUCUGAGAUGAGUAUGGUACCGUUUAGGAUCUUCUAUAGCCAAUUCUUUUAACAGAUUAUUCGACGUACCGUAAGCAUCUCUUCUGUGAAUCCAUUUUCUAACCCACUGAACUGGUCGACGUCGAUGCUUUUUUUUUGUUAUUUAAUACGUGUAUAAUUAUUGCGUAUACAACUUUGCAUGCAGCGACAAGCACAGCACGUCUUCUACCCAUGAUAAACACUGUACAACUAGAACUAACUUGUAUACCACUAAAAUCUUGUAUGCAAGCUGCAAGUUGAACAAAAUCGUGUUUCCAAUUCAAAUCACUUGCACACAUGUCUGACGUCAUACAUGUAUGCAAACACUUGCAUAAUGGAAACGCGCCUUUAAGCUUUGAUACUUCUUAUGAAAGAAACCUUUCUCAAAUCUACGCCCAGUAAGUGGAUGGAUCCAAUAUUUUCGAAAUUUGCGUUGACGUCUGCUUUUUCUAUUUCUUAUUAUCGGAGCUACAACACAUACUGCUACCUUGAAAUCCAUCUUCAAACUGCGGGUCGUUUCGCGAUUUUUUAUCGUGGUGUGUGCGUCUCAAGCGGUUUUGCGGUUGUAGCGAUUAACUGCUUGCUGAAAAAAUCGUAGUGCGGCCUCAGCCAUAAACAAAUGAAAUGAAAUUAUUUAUUCUGCAAAUAGGAUAUUUCAUCACUUUUACAUGUCUUUUUUGAGA